AUGGAAUCAGAGGAAAGAAUAGAUGGAGGCUUUGUCGAUCAAGUGGCCGAUUUGAUCGUUGACCCAGCGGAGGUUGGCGUCGAAGAUGAACAAAUUAAAGCUAGCACAGCCAGCGGCGGAAAGGGCCGCACUCUACGUGCGUACAAUGUCUUGGGGGACCCUGAGGUGAUCGUGGUUCCAGAUUUUGUAGGUGCAGCUGAAAUUGAGCAUUUGCUGAAGCUGGCUGAAAACGGUUGGGAGCCAUCAGAGGUGGGCUCCGGAGUGUAUCGUACAAAGAAUGAGGGGCAGGACUUGGAGAAUCAAGUCUCCAACAUUCGGACGUCCUACUCUUGCCUCAUUGAGCCUGGACAUAGUGACGUGGUGACUGCAGUUGAACUUCGUCUGGCAGCACUGGCUGACAUGGAUAUAAAGUUCCUGGAACCAUUGAACAUGGUGAGGUAUGCACCGGGGCAGUUCUUCAAAGAGCAUCACGAUGGACGUUUCCGUCCAAUCACCGUGUUUGUCUACCUGAAUGACAUCCCGCCAGGAGAGGGUGGCGAGACUUUUUUCCCCGAGCUGAAUAUGAAGGUCGUGCCUCGGAAGGGCUGCGCAGUGAUGUGGAAGAACAUCAUUGGCCCUCAACAAGAAGACCACAGAAUGGACCUCAAGGCUGCGCUUUUAGUCAUGUCCAUCAUGGUCGCGUCAGCGACACCAGCAUCACCAGCGGCACCAGUCCCGGGCGUACACGGACUCAGGGGCAAUACUGAGGUCAAUCGGUCAAACUCUUCAAGCCCGAGUGGCCACUUCAGCAAUCACUCAUCCUUGCAGAACUCUCUCAGCCCUGAGAAUUUGACAGGAUAUUUGCUGGAGGGGUUCCGCGCGUUUGCAAAAGCGCUAGGGAUGGAAUCGGCCUUCAACGAAACAACGAGAAGCGGUGAAUUUGCGAAGUCCAAGAACUGCCUUUGCAUUUUUGAUGUGGAUCGAACACUUACUGGAAAACAAGGAGACACUCGACGAUGCCCUGCCAACAAAGUCGUAGGUGGUUAUGAUGAUGCCUAUGGUGGAGGUGAGGUGACCUUGUCUCACUUGGGUCAAUAUGUUUGGGGCACGUGGUGUGGUCAAGAAUGUCAUAUUCGCGGCAUCAGUGCUCAUCAUCGUGCCCGCCCCAACAUUCCGGUUCCACAGAACGUGCUCAGCUGCAAUCGAGGCUGCAAGGCUGAGAAAGCAAGAAAGAUGGCUGAAGAGCUUGGAAUACGCAAAUCACAGGUCUACAUGUUUGACGACAAAGCAUCAAACAUACGCCCUUUCCAUGGGACAGGAAUGAAUGCUCAUCAGAUCUCCUGCUCCACUCGAGAUGGUGAUCAUGGUUUAUGUGGAGCAACAACUCGUGAGGUGAGGCGUGAGAAAGGAGUUUCAACUUGUCGGUGA